AUGGCAAUUUUGAACGAGAUCGAAGUCUCUAUUCAAGUCAACGGCGUCGAUCUACAAGAAUAUGAGGACCCACAUGGUAGCAUCACAAAACACAAUGAGAUCUCACGCUACGUAGGGUCAAUCUCUGGGGCAUUGUUCACUAUCAAACACGGAGUAUCCAAGACUUUUGACAUGACAACAAAUUGCCUAAGCUUCGAAUUCUUACUUGACGGGGACAUGAGGCGUAACAUAACAUUGACCAAAGAGCAAUUUGAUAAUUACAAGAGUGAUUCGUAUUCCUCCAUAAUAGGAAUUCCAAUCCACGACAAGAAUGGUUCGAGAUUACAGCACUUCGAAUUUGGCAAAAUCAAUAUCGUUGAACCUGCAGACGAUGAGCUCCUUGAUACACCCGAUAAUCAGCGACUCAGUGAAAUGGGUACUAUUUGCUGCAAGUCUGCACCACCUGGUCCGCAUCAUAUUAGCUUACCAAGUCCCAGAGUUAAGGAAGAGAUCAAGAUCGAACAGUCCAGACACAUUGAGGCAGAGAAGGUGGAACUCGAACCAAUUGCCGUUUUCACCUUCAAGUACCGUUCGAAAGAGGCCCUCCAAACCCUGCAGAUUCUUCCGCAAGCACCAUCAAAUUUACCUGACGAGUCGAACGAUGACGUAGUGGAAACGACAAAGACCGAAUUCGAGAGCAAGAAAGGAGGAAGGGUGCAGUCGCCAUUAUUGUACCGUAGAAGCCGACUAACGUGA